AUGCGUUUCGUCACAGCCCUCUCCUCUGCUUUGAUGGUUUCAGCCGCCCUUGCAACUCCCACGAAUAUGUGGAAAGGCAAAAGCUACAAUGGCAAUGUCAAGAAAUACGGACGCCAAAUCAACACGGAAAUUCCUCAGUACGGCUCGACCCCUCCCGUCGAGACUCAACCGCCUUCCAAGGACGGCGGCACCAACGACACCAUUCCCACAGUCCCUACAGUCCCUGAUAAUGGCAACGACAAUUGCCCCAGCAAUUGCCUCACGAACCAGCAAGCUGAGCAWGGCGCGGAGAUCUUCCGUCAGCUCAUCCAAAACUACACGGAUACCCUUGCCCUCACAGUUCUCACAGAGGACUUCAAGGACUACACGUCGGCUGUCAAUAUAAUCCGCAACAGAGGCAACAAGGGACCAAUUCAAGUCAAUGGCAUUUCCUUCACCAGCCGCGAAGACUUCAUGAACGCCCAGGGUGCGCAGCCUCAAAUCCCCUUCGACACUCUCAACAUUUUCCACGGAUGUGACCACAUCGCCGUUAGAUGGCAGACUACCGACUCGGCUGCUGGUCAGGCUACGAAGGUCAACGAUAUUCCCGCGCCAGGCAUCGCCAUUCUUCAAACCAUUCCAGCGACAGAUAACGAGUAUGGCUUUCGCAUUGAGACGCUCUAUUCCGAGUUCAACGCUGCUGCAUGGCUGGUCAAUCUGGGAGUCUUUACACCAACUCCAGUCGCGACCACCAAGCGUGAGCCGGCACAUAUCGUUGCGAUCUGA